AUGCAGUUCUCACCCCCUCCCGAUGUCGAUGCUCUGUCUAUAAAGCUUCCUCCGUUAAAUCAUCACGACAACGACAAGAUUCUCCCGUCGCUAAGCAGCGUGACUGGUGUCUAUGGUUUCAGGGGCGAUCCUUUGCUCGACCACCAAAACUUGCCUCCGCAACCACCACACUGGCCUCCUCUGAAUGGCCCUCUGGCCUUUCGCCAAUCGCCCAGCGCUUCCGCCCACAGGGCCGACAGCCCAGCUACCAUGGACCUCGAUGGCAGCAACAGCGUAGCCAGCGCGCCGUCACCAGAUCGCCAUAGCUCCAGUAAUAGCUUGAAUCUGGACGAUCCAGAUGUUCGGAUAGCGGCAGAAGCGCUUGGCGAUCUCCGAGCAGACUUCGUCUCGUCGCCGCCAGAUACGGCUAGCCUGGCCCCGAUGAGCCCAACGAUGAAUAGCCACCAUCAAACGCCGUCCCUCCAAUCCAAAUCACCUCAGCCCGAGCCAUUGUUGUCCCUGCUUACCACUGCCCAUCCUCUGGUGGCAAGCACGAUUGGGGGAGCCAGUUCUGCGUACGGGGGGGCCAAGAAUUUCUCUCCAUGCUUCAAGUCCAGUGCCGAAUACGUUGAAGGCUACCUGACGCCGCUUGCCAAAACGGUAAACUCGGUUGGCCGAGCCACGGGCGUUGAAGGCGGUGUACGUUGGUUUCUUGGCAACAGACGUCAGCAUAACUCUGCCGAUUCCGACACCAAUGGCAACUCCAAGAAGCGACGAAAGGUUACUGAUGGAGGUCAUGGGGCCAACAAAAAGAGCAGAGAUGUGUUGAAUGGUGAUGCUGAAACGUCCCCGCCUACACCGAAAAGCGAAAGGAGACUGUCGUCGGCCAGCACCGUGGAUACUCUGCCAGCCUACGACGAAAUGAGGUCGCCCGCCUACACCGAGACCGAGGCUGGGCCACAACAACCGCCGCGGUCCACCCCCUCCAAUACGUCCUGGCAAUCUCGCCUCAUCAUGUCGACUUCGGGAUUGAGCGUUGCGAUGAGUGCCGAGAGUCUGAGAAGCUUGAAGUAUUGUCUCAAGUGGCUUCGCUGGACAAAUGAUCACAUGAGCCAGGUAAUUGGCAACUUGAAGACUACGUUGGAGGAAUACGAGAAGAUUGUCCAACCGCAACACGAAGACUCGGAAGCUAGCAAAUCACAAAAGUCCGCCGACAGGCAGGACAACGCUGACGGUCAAACCACUGGUCAAACGCCAGAGCAAGCCCGCACCGAACUGACCAACAAGAUCAAUACGCUCAAGGUUGAUGUUCUGAAAACCCUCCAGGAAACUAUCAAUACUGUAUCCAAGUAUGCUGGUGGCGCCUUACCCGAGAACGCCCGCAUUCUUGUUCGCCGCCAUCUCACGAGUCUACCUCAACGCUUUCGAUUAGCCAGCAUGUCAGACACAUCAUCCGAUGCCGGUGACAAGGACAGCGACUCGGCGGUGCGCGAAGGUGCUCAAAAGGUUUUGGUCUUGGCCAAGGAAGGCCUUGAUAUGGUGACGCAGAUCACCGGUGUCUUGGAUGGCACCAUUGUCAGUGCUGAGCAAUGGUGUGAACGAAUGGGGAAGCGACGACGACCUACGAAUGACAGCGAUCAGCUCGAAUUGCCUCGAUUCGAGUCGCCAGCCAGCAUUGUUGAGACUCAUGAUGAUGUGAAAAUGGCUCGUUAA